AGAGCAUCACCAGCCCAUACCUGACGACCUACAUGUACUUCUUCGCAUACUAUAUCGGUACCUUCCUGUCUUCCUCAAUUACGCGGUCUCAUCUUCACGCAGCGCAAGAUGAGCUUGUAACCUUUGCUUUUCGACUGAGAGGUGCGAGCGAGAAGCGGUAUGGGGCAGACGUGGUCGGUGUCGUGAAGAAGCAUCUCGAUCCUCGCAGCAAGACAUGGGCUCGGCUGUGCAUCGACCCACGCAGCUAUGAGAAAGGAAAGUGUCAAGCUGCGGGCAAGGAAAGUGAAGUUCACCACGCCGUCCAGAUCGCCGACGCACCUUUUGCGCUGUCCAGAGCCUUCUUCGCCAUGGAAAUGGAAGGAAUCGCAGCAUUCGCUCGCCUCGCUGUCGGUCCUGCAAGUCUCGCAACAGCAGCGAAAGAAGUCUUCAUUGCGGCACCUGUCGACAUCUCCUACAGCACAUCUCGCCUUCGCGCUCGUCAUCCAAGCAAUCUCCACGUCCUGCUCCCAAAGCUUGAGGUCACCGAAGAGAAUAUAACAAAUCGAAUUCAAGGCCUGAUGAUGGGCGUCCUCGAGCGUGUGCGACAAGAGCAUGGCAACCCUACCUUUAGCUCGAACGAGAAGCAGAUGUGGAAAGAUGUCGUCAAAGCCUGUUCCUGGGCUCUCAAGGGCUGUGAGGGCAAGAUGCCGGACAAGAUCGCGGAGAAAGUCAAGUUCGUGCAGGAGAAACUUACAAAGGGGACUUGGGGCUACGUUGUUGGUGCGCCGGGCGAUGAGGCGAAGGCAGUGCCUGCUGGUGAUGGUUCGGGGGCGGCGAGUGCGAAUGCAGCAGCACAUGCGGCGUUCUCUGGCGCUGGUACUGGGGCGUAUCAACAAGGAUAUGGACAGCAGAGAGUGCUAAUGACGAAUGGGUAUGCUGGGCAUGGACAGCAGGGCAUGAUGGAACUUCCUGUCCCACAACAGGCAAACUACUAUCCUCAGAAGCCUCAGGCGUAUGCACAGAGUCAGCGACAGGGUGGGCAGAUAGGUUUGGGUCCAGCGGUGCAUCAAGGGCAUGCGAGUGCGCAUGGUCAGGGUCAUGCAAACGGGUACGGGCACGGUGUGCCACCGCCUGAGUAUAGACACGCGCAGCAGGUGCCAGGUGGAUAUCUACCAACGCCGCAGGACGGGUCUCUGCAGAUGAGGAGGCAGCAGUGGUGAGGAAUGAUGGCUUGUACAGUUUUCUUGCGUGGUGCUUGGCUAGAUGUGCCGUCCUGGUCUACCCAGAAAUUCAGUAAUCGGUG